AUGCAGAUCCGUGCGUGCCUCAUCCUUGCCCUGGCCACCGGUGCCUUCGCUGGCUACACCGGAUUUGGAUACGGCCUCGGCUACGGCUACGGCGCUUCCUACCUUGCCGCUCCAGCCGUGGCCACCUACCACGCCCCAGCCGUCGCCACCGUUGCUCACGCUGCCCCAGUCGUUGCUGCUGCUCCAGCUGUCACCACUGUUGCCCACGCUGCCCCACUUGUUGCCGCUGCCCCAGUGGUUGCUGCUGCUCCAGCCGUCACCUACGCCGCUGCCCCAGCCGUGACCAAGGUUGCCACCACCUACCACGCUCCAGUUACCACCGCUGUCGCUGCCCCAGUUGCCACUUACCACGCCGCUCCAGUCGUCGCCGCUCCAGUUGCUACCGCUGUUGCCGCUCCAGCCGUCGCCACCUACCACGCCGCUCCAGUUGCCACCGCUGUUGCUGUCCCAGUUGCUACCGCUGUUGCUGCCCCAGUCGCCACCUACCACGCUGCCCCAGCUGUGGCCACCACUACCGUUCACCACGCUGUCCCAGCUGUCGCCACUGUUGCCCACGCUGUCCCAGCUGUCGCCACCGUCGCACAUGCCGCCCCAGUCUACGGAUACGGCGUCAGCACCCUCGGCUACGGUGCCGGCCACUAUGGUUUCGGCUACGGUCUCGGUGCCUACGGUCUGAACUACGGUUACGGCCUUGGCACUCCCCUCAGCUACGCCACCCUCCUCCGCAAGAGGAAGUGUAAGUAUGAUGACAAUUUGGCAGUUGACCUGUCCUCACUCGUACUUCGUGCUGAUGCGGUCGGGCUGCUGGAUGAGAAUAAAAAGCCUUCCGAUCGGCGUACACUUCAGCAGUUCAAAUUCACCUCCACUGGUCUGGAACUUGCAGCAACCAUGGUCGCCUUCCGUGUCAGCCUUAUUCUGGCUCUGAUCGCCAGCGCCUUCUGCCACCCUGUGGUCACGACUGGUGCUGGUCUGAGCCAGGGCACUGCUGUGGGAGCUUCCUACGUUGCUGCCGCCCCAGCUGUCACCCGCGUCGACACCUACCACGCUGCCCCAGCCGUCGCCACCGUCCAGGCUGCCGCUCCAGCCACCACCGUAGUCGACACCUACCACGCUGCCCCAGCCGUCGCUAACGUCGCCACUGUCCAAGCUGCCCCAGCCGUGGCUACCUACGCUGCUGCUCCAGCUUUCGCCACCUUCCAGGCUGCUGCCCCAGCCGUUGCUGCCGCUCCAGCUGUCACCCGCGUUGACACGUACCACGCUGCCCCAGCCGUCGCCACCGUCCAGGCUGCUGCCCCAGUCAUUGCGGCAGCUCCAGCCGUGACCCGCGUUGACACUUACCACGCCGCCCCAGCCAUUGCCACUGUGGCCCACGCCACCCCAGCCAUCGCCACCGUUGCCCACGCCGCUCCGGUCGUUGCUGCCGCCCCGGCUGUCACCCGUGUUGACACUUACCACACCGCCCCAGCUGUCGCUACCGUUGCCCACGCCACUCCAGUCGUGGCUGCUGCCCCAGCUGUGGCCACCGUUGCCCACGCUGUUCCAGCUGUCACCGCUGUCCAUGCUGCUCCACUCGUGGCCGCCACUCCAGUCUACGGCUACGGCGUCGGAAGCCUUGGCUAUGGCAUUGGUCACUUUGGUUACGGAUACGGCCUGGGAGCCUACGGUCUGAACUACGGCUAUGGCCUCGGCACUCCUUUCAACUACGCCAACCUUCUCCUCCGUAAGAAGAAGUAAUCACCUUGUAAAGUUCAUGACUGCUCUGAAGAUACCAACAUCCCUCAAGUCGGUAUUUUUAAUAAAGUAACAUUUGAGGCAAAAC